GGAUGGAUCAUUUCCUUUCAGCCAAUGGAAACGGAGGAAGCAGGUUGGGAAGCAGGUAGGGGAGAGGGAGAUGGAGCUACACAACAUACAGUGGAUGGGAGAGAAUGUGAAAGGGAAAUUUGGCGGUGAAUGAGUAGUAAGAAAGGAUCGAGCAGAAUCAAAACUGGAGAGGAGAAGCGAGAUGUUCCAAGUUGCCUGAUGAGUAAGGACCUCCUGUUGGCUGAUAUGGGAGCGCCACAAAGUCUUGGAAGAGCUGUUCCUUGUGGAUCAAGUCCCAUCACCUCAUAGUCAAGCUGUAGUUAGUCCAUGUCGCUGAAGAUUGCGUGGUAAACCUGAAUCUGGUCGGAAACACACCAAACUCACUCCUUAGAAUGAUGUCUUGGUUCUGUCUCGCCUUCUUCGUCAAACUGCUUCUCGUCACUUACUGGGCGCCCCUGGUGGUUCGCUGCCAGAAUGACACAGAGCCAAUCGUGUUGGAAGGGAAAUGUCUGGUGGUGUGCGAUUCCACCCCCUCUGCCGAGCCAUCGGGAAAUGCCCUAGGAAUGUCUGUGAGAUCGGGAACUGGCCGGGUGGCAUUCUCGGCCAUUCGCAACACCAACCACGAACCCUCCGAAAUGAGCAACCGCACCAUGACCAUCUACUUUGACCAGAUAUUGGUAAAUAUCGGCAGCCAUUUUGAUCCUGCCAGGAGCAUAUUUGUGGCUCCCAGAAAGGGGGUUUACAGUUUCAGCUUCCAUGUGGUCAAAGUUUACAACAGGCAGACUAUCCAAGUGAGUUUGGUUCUCAACGGCUGGCCUGUGAUCUCAGCUUUCGCCGGCGACCAGGACGUGACCAGGGAAGCUGCCACCAAUGCCGGCUUGGUGAUGAUGGAGAGGGGUGACAAGACGUACCUCAAACUGGAGAGGGGGAACCUGAUGGGAGGGUGGAAGUAUUCUACGUUCUCUGGCUUUCUGGUGUUCCCCUUGUAAGAGUGCAGAGGUUCGUGGAGAGACCUUGGGUGCUAAGGGCGCUAAGGGGUCAAAGCACCAAAUAAUCUUGAAUGUAUUUUCCAUUUCUUUUGCACUUUCAAUGACUAACUUAAUGUCCAUGCUUGCUCACACCAUUGAUAUUUUCCUAAAUGCAUGAGGUAAUCUAUUCUCUCUGUCUUUAGCUAGCUAUAGCUAAUCUGUCUAUAAUGAGUUAGUUAUAGGUAAUCUAUAAAACCAUAAUUAUUACUUAUCUCUAUUUUAAGCUAUCUUCGCCAUUUAGAAAAUUUAAAGUACAUAGCUAUAUUAAUGUGAUGUCUUGUCGUCUGUUACAUUGUGUUUCUUGCAUAUCUCUUGCAUUAUUACACAUUGAAUACUC